UAGAAUGAAUGUAUAAAAUAAGAAAGAAAAAAAAGAAAAAAAUAUAAAUGAAAAGACCGUGAGCACGAGAAAGUCACAAGCUGAAGGUCCCUGACAGAAGAAUUAUCCCGAAAAGAAUCCAUAUUUUCGGUGUUCGACAGCCGCUCUGCGUUUCAAAUGAAUCAGAAGAGAAUAGGCGACCGCUUGAGUUUUCUCGUUCACACAGUGGAAAAACAUCAAAACCUACGAGGAUCACGUUUACGGCUUUGCACAACCGCUGGAUUCUUGUUUUAUUGCGUAUUCUAUUUCAUUUCAGCAUUUUACUGUCUGUCCUAGGGUAAGAAAAAGGUAUUCCAGGCCUCUUCCAAUUUUAUUUAUUUAUAUCCAUAAACGGAAACCUGCAUUAUUGCUUAUCAAAACAUUGGUUGCCGAUCAUUCCUCUUGUUUCAAAGACGGGUUAUACAUAAAUACAUAUUCGUUAAAUAUCGAGUAAAUUUCAAUAAUGGCUCGUCCCCGACCUCGGGAGUACAAAGCUGGAGAUCUGGUUUUUGCAAAAAUGAAGGGAUACCCACAUUGGCCAGCGAGGAUUGAUGAACUCCCAGAAGGAGCUGUGAAGCCACCUGCAAAUAAAUACCCCAUCUUCUUCUUCGGCACCCAUGAAACUGCAUUUUUGGGCCCAAAGGAUCUUCUCCCAUAUAAAGAAUAUAAAGAGAAAUUUGGCAAGUCAAACAAGAGAAAAGGAUUCAACGAGGGUCUAUGGGAGAUUGAGAACAAUCCUGGAGUUAAGUUCACUGGCUACCAGGCUAUCCAGCAGCAAAGCUCCUCAGAAACAGAGGGGGAGGGGGGCAAUGCCGCUGACGGCAGCAGCGAGGGCGAGGAGGGCGACUCCAUAGAAGAAGAUGACAAAGGAAAGCAGAAGGGAGACAAGGCCGGAUCCAAGAGGAAAAAAACCGCUUCUAACAAGUCGUCCAAGCUGUCCAGGAAGUCCUCGGGUGAGGAGGAAGAGCUGGAUAAGGAUGGCGAGGAGGACAACCACAAGAGCUCGGAGGCGGGAGACCCCGACAACGACAUGCGGAACGCCUCAGAAGGACGGAACGCCAUCCAAGGGACCCAGUUACGCAGAGAAGAGCAUUAAGUGUUGAGGAUGCCCCUUUAGGGAGGCCGAUUAUUGUGGCUGUCAAGUGUUAUUUGAAUUGUGAAACUCAUGAAUAUUCCCACCAUUCUACUCUGGUGCUCCAUUACAAACUAGGCCUCUCACAUGUACCUCCUUAUAUAAAGAUUGACCAUCUUUUCUACUACUAUGACACGAAAUACCUAUUUUAUUGACCAUGGGGUUAGUUCAUUCAACAAGCUUGUGACAAAUCAUGAAUAUAUUUAACUCAUUUCUGUGUUACUUUCUAUCCAACUUGUUCAAAUAAAAAGAAAAAUGCAUCACAACCUUGAAAUAGUGGUAGGUAUUAACAUACAGCUUCCCUUCUUUGACUGAUCUGUCUUCAACAAAUCACAGCUUGUGAUAUUUUUUAGUUUUCAUGUUCUCUGAAAUACCCUAACAUUGUUCUUAUAGUAUAUUGUCACUCUGAACUGGAUAUUUAUACAAUUUAAACCAAACGUGGACAGCAGUAUAUGCUGGUAUAUUUGUCAGAUUAAUUUUCUCCACAUCAUAAUACUUAUUUCUUUAUAUUAUAAGAAGACAUUUUAACGGAAAAGGUAGAGUAAAUGUUUGAAGUAUUGUGCACAAUCCAAGUAACACUUUGUAUCUAUAUAUUUUAUUUAGCCAUAGACUUUAGGACCACACGCAUUCAACUCACCUCUAGCUACAAUAAUGUCAUCUUACAAAAAAGUGAAACAUUAGUUGUGUGUCUGUGGCAUUGGGUUAUGUUCCUAAAAGCUUUUUAGUGGAAUGCAUGACCAUUGUACACUUAUAUGACAUGGAGGUAAUCUUGGCUAAUCAAAUCUGCUUAGGCUAAUCAAAUUACCUGCAGUUAGCCAUUUGCACUACGUCAACAUUACAAAUUUACCACUGUAUUCUGUUUGCAAAAGCACCUUUCCUGCUAACGAAAGUCUUCAUUCCAUCUGCAAUUUAAAAAGUAAUACACAUUCAGCUUUGGGGAGGUCUGCAUUUCCCUAGUUACAUUAAUUCUUCCAAAAUUAAAGCAUUCCAUUAACAUUGUAGAAGUUGCCUUUUGCUUUUCUAUUUUUAUCAUACAAAGAAUAUAUUCUAUUUAUUUUUCUUUAAAGCUAGUACAAAGCCUGUGUGGAAAUGUAAGCUCAUUUACUCUUUGAGUUAGAUUACAUUUUAAUAAUUGUUAUGCUUGUGAUUGGAACAUGUUUUACAUUUUCAAGGUUUGUAGUUAAAUGUAAAAUGUUUUUUGCUGUUUAUGGGAAAUAAUUUUACAGAAUAAAAUCAUUGGAAUGCAA